UAGAUAUCGUUUUUGAAUAGAUAAUAAUUCUCGAAAUUCGGUGUGAUGAUUCUCAAAGUGUCAGAUGGUUCGUUUCGGAUGCCAAAGUUUCUGAUCGACAAGAUCCUGAUUUAUUGACACAGGCGAGGAAAAAGCGAAAAUGACUGAAAGUUUAAUAAAUGAAUGGCUGACGGACUGUGCAGAUGUCUCGCCUUCGGAACUUCACACCUUUGCUACCACAUUGUUGCAAGACAAUGAGAUAGUCAGAGCACUUUAUGUGCUUUUGGAAGAACGUAGUAAAUAUAGUCAGUUGGUGGAUACAGUAUGCGAUCAGUUAUACAAUUUCUACCGUUCCCAGGAUACAGAAUUGCAGAGGUUCACCUUGCAGUUUUUGCCCACAUUAGUAUAUAUUUAUUUAAAUUCUGCAGCUCAUGGUGAUAUUAAGAACUGUCGAUCUGUAGAAACGUUAUUGAUUGGUUUGUAUAAUCUAGAAAUAGUGGACAAAUCAGGACAGCAAAAAGCAAUUUCUUUUAGGGUACCAUCGCUUGCCAUGCUUUCGAUAUAUCAUGAGCCGGCAAGCUUAGCACCCGCUUCUUUGACGGAGAGCGCAGUUCGUAGAUUUGAAGAGUGUAAUACGAAAUUAGUUAGCUGGGGACCGUUGCAGCAAGUAGAAACGUUGAAUGCGCAGAACAGAUUGAAAGUGAUGACUGCUCUUCUGUUUAUUUACAAUCAACAACUUGGCUACAUAAGUAAAUUCGCAUUGGAACAAUUAUGCAAAGUCGCCACUAAACUCGUCACUCAAGGAUUCAUGAAACCAGGACAUCAUCAAAGAUCAUCGUACGGAAGCGAGUCUAGUUUCGUUCCACGAUUGUUACCUCGUAUACCUGUGUCCGGUCAAUUUCUCCUUGAAUUCUUACAUGCUGUAUAUUUUGCUAUGUAUAAUGACUGCUUGUACUUAGGUACACAAGCAGUGGAAGAUAUUCACAAUCGAGCAUGUUACGAAGCAUAUCCAGAUGUCAUGCUAGUUACAAACGCUAUACGCAAUUCUGCCAGUUCCGGACCAUCAGGUCAACUUAGCGAUGGACCAAUCGGUGUUAGUGUUGCAUUGUCACCAAGUGCAACUGCAACAGUAUCUAAGUCCAUGAUCACAAAUGCUUCUUUUCGAACGAAAAAAUUACCAGAUGACAUACCGAUUCAAGUAACAAAAGAAGAUUCUGGCGGAGAAGGUAAAAGUAAUCUUGUGUCGAUCACCGAAGAAGAAACCACAGAGUCGAACAGAGUUGGCUCGAUGAGACAAUCAAAGGAUCAGAAAACCGGCUCGAAAAUGACGAACUUCCCUGUACUCGGGAAAAAACCCAGGGAGAAAGACAGCAAAACCGCUAAGAACGUCCACGCUAGUGUCCCCGACAAAGAGAAGAAACUUGGAUCUCAGACAGCGUCGAAGGAGAGUAUUAAAGGUAGUUCCUCAAUGUUGAACAGCGAGUCGACGGAGCUCGAUGGAAAUGUGGGCGGGUGUUCAAACAGGAAAAAGAACAGUAGCGUGGAGAACAAUUCAGGUACGGUAGAUACUAGUGUCUCGUUGAUCGACGGAGACCGUCUCGCGUUGAGUGGAGACACGGAUAAUACCAAUAUGGAGACGACGAUUAACUUAAGAACACACAGUGAGACGGAAUCGUUGACAUCGUCUACUCAGGUCAGCUCUGUUUAAAUUGUAAAAGGAAAUAUAGAUUU